UCCCCGCUCACUGGGCCGUGGAGAAGUCGUGGCGAGGGUCCUAGAAAAGACUUGAAAGACCCCGGUGAAGAUGGAACAGAAGGAAGGGACUGGGCCAGAGGGGAACGACCUGCCUUCCCCAGGGACUGAGGCGUGGCCGCCUGCACCUUUCCCAGCCCUGUUCCCUUCUCUCCUGGGCACCCCAGAUCCAGCCCACCUGGGGCUUCCUGAGAGCCUGGCCGCUGUCACUGUCCCCAUCCGUCUGGAUGCUCUCUCCUACCUCCUGCACAGUGCCCUGAUGGGAGCCUACACGCUUCAGCAGUCCUUGCCCUCCUGCCCCUGCGCCCCACAGGCGUGCUGCACCCAGCCGGGCACCGCCAAGAGGCCGCCCAGGGGACGAGGGGGCAGGGACGUCCGACGCAGGCCAGGCCGGGGUCAGGGCCAGCGGCAGUGGGGACUUGGGAGGGCUGAGCAGGCAGAGAGUGGCUGGGUGGGGAACCCUGGGGCUGGCCCCAAGACCCCGCCGAUGACGCUGCCAUCACCAGCACCACCUGCCCAGGAUGGGAAGAAGGACGCCCAGGGUCCGGAGCCGCCCCUGGAGACGCCGCCUGCUGAUGACUGGGAGGCCGAGUACUAGGACCCUGAGGACCUGCACCCUGGACUCCGGAGGGGGCCCUUGAGGGUCACCAGGAGGGUGUUCCUGGAGCCCAGGGUGACCUCAGCCCUGCUGGAGAUACCCAAGAAACAUCCUGCUCCCAUCCCUCUUCCUCUCAAACCACAGCCUCAGGAGGGGGUCCUGCGAGUCACCUGGUGAAACCCAGACCUGACAUAGGAUCCCAAGACAGGGAAACAACCCUGAACCUCAUGCCCAAACCCAAGCCUCUUCCCAUUUCUCACACUGUUCCCAGCUACAGCGACAACACUCACCUCGCUCUCAAUGCCCAGGGCUCCUCUAGCCAUGCCCAGGCCCAUUCCUAACCCCAAAGCCAUUCCCACCUGCCUCUGCCAGCCCCAUCCCACGGCCACACUGAAUCCCACAUCCCGCAGCCAUUCACCCCCAUUCCAUUCUCCAUCUCCGCCCUGACCCAUCCUCAUUCCCAUCCACCUGAAGGCCAACCAAUCCUCAUCCCUGAUUUCUCCUGCACUCCAGCCCUGUCUUCAACCCCAGCCAGCCCCGCCCCGCCCUCAACCUCCUUCCUGUCCCAGCCCCAAACGUGACAUGCCCUGUGACCCCACCUGCAAAGAACCCCAUUGGCCCAACAUAUCCAGAUACCUGCAGCCCCACCCCAUCUCCUGCCUUUGGGGGAGCGGGGCCGGGCUGAACAAU